UGACGUCCUACGGAAGUAAACAAUCCGCAGGUGACGUGGAGUAAAGUCUUUCACAACCAACCGGACAGGCUGGGUCAGCUGGAGCUGAAUUCUCGGGUUUAUUGGGACAUUUGUCGUUUCAGUCGCUUUCUGACUUUUCAGUUCAUCAAAUGGACUCAACUGUUGUCGUCUAAAACUCACUGAAUAUCCAAUCCUUGUUAAACUCUGAAGUAAAAUGGCGUCAGCAGAGGAGGCCAGCAGACCCUUCGCCGGGCUGUCGGAUGUCUCCAUCUCGGAGGACAUCCCCGUGGAGGGGGACAUCUCUGUGCCCAUGAGCUCCUCCAGGCGGGACGACGAGUUCUCCACACUAGACGAGCCGGUGAAGGAGACUAUUCUGCGGGACCUGAGGGCGGUGGGGAACAAGUUCAUCCACGUCCUGUACCCGAAGCGGAGCUCGGCUCUGCUGCGGGACUGGGACCUGUGGGGCCCGCUGCUGCUCUGCGUGACGCUGGCUCUGCUGCUGCAGGGAGGCGCAGCUGACAGCGACGACCAGGGGGGACCUCAGUUCGCUGAAGUCUUCGUAAUCAUCUGGUUCGGUUCCAUUAUCAUCACCCUCAACUCAAAGCUUCUGGGAGGCACCAUAUCCUUCUUCCAGAGUCUGUGUGUAUUGGGAUACUGCAUCAUGCCUCUGACAGCAGCCAUGGCGGUGUGCAGGAUCGUCCUGGUCGGCGGCUCGGGGACGGUCAGCUUCGCCGUGCGGCUCGUGGUGGUGACGGCAUCCUUCGGGUGGUCCACCUUUGCCUCCACGGCAUUCCUCGCUGACAGCCAGCCGCCAAACCGCAAGGCGUUGGUGGUGUACCCAGUGUUCCUCUUCUACUUUGUGAUCGGGUGGAUGAUCCUGACAUUCUCGCCGUCACAGUAGACGAGAAACAAAAAGAAUGGAGGUGAACUGACAAACAUGAAGGAGGUUUUGUAGGUUGAAAGGACUAACAAAAAAAAACACCGGUAUCUGCCUUUGAACCAAGAUGAAUGACUACUGAAAUGACUGUGGGUGUUUCUCGGUGUCUGAUAUUGUAUUAAGACUAAAUAGACUCCAUAAAUAUUCCUAAAUAACUCCUUCGGGUGAAGCGUUGGCUCUGUCUCAGAUUCCGAGAAGUCCUGGGGACAGUUUGCUGCAGAUGGAGAGUUAGAAAGCUGAUGAAUUAUGUUCAUAUUUUUCCAGUUUGUCUCCCAGAUGUGUUUAUCAGCUGUGUAUAAAUAAAGUCUAUAGGUGUGUACAUAGAAAUGCUCUAUGAAUAUUUGAACUACCAGAGAUAUGAUAAUAAUUGUUUCUCCUCCUGGUCUCCCUGGGUUUGAUUAAAACCUCACACUGCUCAUGAGGUUUUUCCUCAAAGCUUAAAUUUCAGACUAGAUUCUUCACAACGUUCUUGGACACUUCUAUAGUUAGAAAAAGAAACCAUCCUGUUCUGACCUACUGUUUUCUGGAUAUUGGUGUGACCUCUCUUAGUUUGUUUGACAGGACAUUGUAGAACAGAUAGACUUGGAAUUACCCUCAGAAACUAGAGUCCCACCUAAUGAAUCGUUACAAAUUAACAUUGGAGGCAGUCUGUCAUUUCUCAUUCAAAAUCAACAGUUCAAAAUGUUGAGAAACAUGCUUUUCACUCUCGUAAUGAACAUUAGAGGAGAAUAUUAAAAGUGCUUUUGUCUACAAAAUAAGAAUGAAGCAGCAGCCAGUUGGCCUAGCUGAGCACUAAGACUGGAAGCAGAGACAAGCAUGCCUCUGUUUAGUAGUAACCAAUUUCGCUGAGCAAGCAUUUCUGAAACUUAGUCAAUUACAUGUUGAAUCUUUUGGGUUUCAUCAGUAAAUGAAAAACAAAAUUCUUCUUCAUCAGACUAUUUCUUGACCCAAAGUGGUUUAAAUCUUCUCAACAAGAGUGGAAAUAAGUGCAUUUUCACUCAAUUGUUUCUUUAGGCCUGGAUAUUGUCUGAUACGGAUGCACAUAUAAUUCUGAUAAAACUCAAUUGUAUGUUUGCAAAGGUGAAAUCUUUUAACGUUGUCACUCACUGUCCGAGUCACGUGAAAAAUGAUGUCUUUACCUCACAGCGACACGGUUUCUGACUGGCUUCAACGUCCAUCGUUUCUUCUUGCAGAGCCAAACAGGACACAGGAAACUUUUCAUGACACUGAUUCUCUGCUAGGAGUAAACAGAGGGGUAAAAAAGGAAGACAAUGUUUUAUUGCUUGAAUGUGUUUCAUUUGUAGAUGAAUUAUACUGACUUCUGUUUCUUGGAUCUCUUUUGUGGCGUCCCACAUCCCUGUCUUUAGUAAAUUAGGAGAAUGAUGAUGUAAAACAGAGUUUCUCAAAUGAUCAAACCUCAGGACCCAACACCACCUCUUUAAUGACAUUAGUGCAAUUUGGACCCAAGGUAGAUCAAAACAUCACAUGAUUUCAAAAUCACAAAAAACGGUACAUUUUAAACUGGCCUUUCCCUUCUUUUUUAUAUUUUAAUUUUGAGUGGCAACAAGUGUUACGGUGCAUUACUGCCACCUGCUGUGUUGGAGUGUGAAUAAACUACCCUGCAACUGUA